AUGGACGUUCGCCCAAUUCUGAAGAGCUACGAAAACCAAAAGACUGCUGGACGAGGACAAGCAGUACUACCGACGGAUUCGGCCCAUGGAGAUGUUUCCCGUCGCAAACCCGAACACAACACUCGGCCUCAGUAUCUUUACUACGGUAACAUCCAUAACAGAACCUGUGCUGAGAAUCCCGCGGUAUACUUAUUAGCUCCUGAAGCUGUAAAUAUACAAAAAGGGUGUCGUCGACACCCAGGCUAUUUACCCGUGCAGCCAAACCAAUCUUCACAAGCUCCAGCUCACUGUUUACUCUCGAAGACCCCUGUUAAGAAUAUUCAAUAUCCGUUGGCGAACCAUAGAGCCAUGUCAAAAUUAUCGGAUGAGGAGUGUACGGAACAACUCUGGCGGACGCAUCUACGUCAACAGAGUCUUAAUAGGAUGCCAAACCGAUAUGUGGAUGGGGGGUAUGACCCGAGGGGAAAUGGUCCCGCCGCAGGCUUCGACUUAAAUGCGGAGCAUGCUCAGCUCCCAAGCAGAUUAGCAGCUUUCAGUAUCGCUGGCAGCGGAAUACACGGCCGCUAUGACCCAGGGGGCGUGCCUCCAGAUUCAAAUCGUGCUUUACGGAUACAGCUUCCGCACAAUCGUGCACAUGGACGAGGAUUCACACCAGUCCCUCGUGACCCCCAGGUAGAGCAACACACUUUUGGUACGACCGCAGCCGCCAGUUUCAAUUUAUCACCAAAUGUUACUUUAACCAGUAUGAAUACCACCCCGAAGCAAAGUCUUAAUGAAGAAAUCAAAGACCUUCAGCAGCAGCAAGCACUGGAUGAGCUCGAUAAAAUAGAGCGUGGUAAAGAUUCAAGAGGGCGAUAUAGAACAUAUCAGGGGGAGGGUUACAAACCACCAUUCCCAACACCCAAUUAUUCCCCGCUAUCUAGUUCGAAAUCUUCGAUAUCGAGCAUGUCGGAGCUUUCGUCGGCGGCCUCCGAGGAAAGUUCCGACGAAGAAUCAGACGGGGAGUCUAACGAAGAAUCUCGACGUAUUAACCCAGGUCUGAAUACUAGUAGCAACGAAUCGAAUGCGGAUAUUAGCGGAGAGUCAGCGCGGAAAAAACACCCUAUCGUGCAUCAGUUCUCAUCAGAAUGGCCCAAUGGACCUGCUUCUUCAAUGACGGCCAAUAAGUCAGACGCAAAGAAUCCUUUCGAGCCUAUACGGGCGGGCAAGGCUUCUAGACCACAGGAAACAGCGCGAACGGCUAGGCUUCCGGCCUUCAAUCUGAAUAAUAUCCCGCCGAUUCCCGUUGCGUGCUUCAUGGCUAGUAGGUAUAGGCCAGCCGCAACUGCGAAAACGUUUGAAGCGGGGGCCCCUACUGAGACCCCACGUCAAGAAGGAAGUAAUCCAACCCCAGUUUCGGAACUAGUAGCUCUUACCCCAGCUCCCGGGGUCGCAGUUUCUGUCCAGGUCUCAAAAGUGGGUACUUUGACGCCUGUUUCUGCUCUCAAAGGCCAGGUUCCUGUCACACCAAAGUCAAGAGCCCAAGGCGCCAGGAGCUUUGGUAUUAAUACUAAAGGUAUCCCUAGCCAAACUACUACCCCCUUAGCAAAGAGCAGCAAGAUUCCUUCAGAGUCUACCCCUGCACAGACUAAAGGAGGCAAGGUAGAAUGGUGGCAGCGGUGGAGAUCUAGCUAUAGCGGGGAAAUACAAGCUGUUGCAACGGCGCCUUCCCUCCCACCACCAUACCCAUGCAACGUCAUCAAGCCUAGGAAAGGCGAAGUAUGGAUCGAAGACAUUGAUAAGGAAUUGCAACCCGAUGGUGGCGAAGAGCCAUCGUCACGUACAACAGAAGAUUGGGAAAUGGUUGAAGAAUCAGAAAUAUACGAGCAGGAUGAACGGGAUUGGGAAGUGGUUAAGGAACUUGACAACGAUGUUGCUGUAAGAGAUCGGAAUGAGAAAAGGACACGAACCUACAUCUAA